AUUCUGGAGGGACAAAACUCCUCCUCCUUACCUCACACUCUGGUAACUUGGGACCCCCUGAACUGGUUGUUACUAUAAGUAUCGCUUGCAUGUUGUUUGUCCAGUUGGAGCUUCCGUAGACUGUACUCGGCAACACUUCCGCUCUGAACGGCAACAUCGAAUGGGCAAACACAGAAUAUUUCUGCGUUUAACCACACUUACCCUUUUAUUAUUCUUUACGAAAAAUGAAUACGCUGACAUAAAGAAGACCAAACAUGAAAGUGUCCUCGUUCAAGCUUCUCUCCCGAGCUCGCUUAGCUUGUUAGCUGCUAACAAAGGGAAGCGGAAGUUGCCAAGUGUUGUUAUUGUUUGUGGACGGUAUCGAACGAUCGACUGGCUUCUGGCGCUGAAGGAAUAUUUGUGGCCUUGGGAAGAACCAUGUCGGAGUACGAGGAGGAACUUUCUCCAAGAAAAGAGGAGAAAAGGCGUCAACAAAUGGACGCCGUUUUCAAGCCUCAAAUGGAGUCGCGCAGACCAGAUUUCAAUGAGGAAGAUCUUCCCCCCGAGCAGCACGAGUGGAGCUCUUGGGUGGAGCAGGAGGAGCCUUUCAUUAAAGAGGAGGACGAGGACAAGGAGGAGCUUGUGCCGGCCCACAUUAAAGAGGAAGAGGAGGACCACAGCAUCAGUCAAGAAGAAAUGGAGGAGACCGACGUAAUCGAGCUCCCUGUGAUUUGUGUGGUUGUGAAGAGUGAAGACGAUGAAGGUCAGGGGUCACAGCUUGAGUCUAGUCAAAGUGAGGAGAGGACGGAGGCGGAGCCUCCAUGCAGCAGCUCAAGAUGCACGACAGGAGAAACUGACUAUGAGGGAUCAGAAGCAGAGAGCACCGUAGCUCCGCUAUCCGAAAGGGAUGACAUGACGUCACCCACUCGUGACACCGAUGAAGACUCUAAAGCGGACAUGACAUGCCACACAUUCAGCUGUUCAUUUUGUGGCAAAGGCUUCUCUCAAAAGGGCAAUUUGAUAACACACACAAGAACACACACCGGGGACAAACCUUUUAGCUGCUCCGUUUGCGGCGAACAUUUCACUCAAAAAGGCAAUUUAAUGAGACACAGAAGAAAGCACGUCGACGAGAAACCGUUUGCCUGCUCGGUUUGCGGCAAAAGAUUCACCCAGAAAAGCAAUUUGAUCACGCACGAAAGGAAGCACAACGGCGAGAAACCGUUUUCCUGCUCGGUCUGUAGCAAAAAGUUUUCCGUGAAGGGAAAUUUGAACGCACACGCAAGAACGCACACUGGUGAGAAACCGUUCAGCUGCUCAGUUUGCGGGGAACGGUUCUCUCAAAAAGGCAAUUUGAUGGCACACCAAAGGAAACACAACGGGGAAAAACCCUUCGCCUGCUCCUUUUGCAGUAAAAUGUUUCCCGUGAAAGGGAAUUUGUUAACACACAUAAGAACACACACCGGAGAUAAACCGUUCUCUUGCUCAUUCUGCGACAAAAGGUUCUCGUCAAAGGACAGUUUAAAAGCACACACAACGAUACACACGGGAGAGAAACCGUUCUCUUGCGUAGUUUGUGGCAAAACCUUCCCUCUGAGGGGGAAGUUGAUGAAGCACACACGAACACACACCGGAGAGCAACCCUUUUCCUGCUCCUUUUGUGGUAAAAGAUUCUCCGUGAAGCGAAGUUUGGAAGCGCACACGACAACUCACACCGGUGAGAAACCAUUCAGCUGCAACGCGUGCGAUAAAAGGUUCUCCUACAAGUACGACAUCACCCGACACAAGUGCGCCGGCGAGAAGAGCGGCGCUACAUAACGAGAUGUGACUAUUAUUCGGUAAAUUGUGCGUGAAUGCAGUCGACGCUGACGCCGAACUGCAAAGCUGUCAAACGACGGGGAAAAAAACGAGAUGCAGAUGCAAUUUUUCAUGCCAGCAAGUACCAAGUUAUAGGUGAGGUAAGAGUGAUAUAAGAGGUGAUGUUAUUCUAAUGUGAUCAUACUAACAGUCGGCAUAUGUCAAGUGCUAAUACCACUCUGAGGUAAACCGUUACGAAAAGUGCCCAAACAGUUAGCAUGCUAACGUUAAAAUGCUAACAUUUAGUUAUUUGACUGAGGUGUAUGGAGGAAAAAUGGCUAGUAUUAGCAUUCUGACAACGGGAGUUAAAUGGGUCUGAGAUGUACAGCGGAAAAAAUGGCUGAAAAAAGUUAGCAUGCUAAUUUUAGUAUGCUAAUGUGAGCAUGCUAACAACACGGGUCACGUAUAAAGUUAUAUGAGUCUGAGGUUUUCCGGUGGCAAAAUUGGCUUGCUGAUAUUAGCAUGCUAACAGUUAGCAUGUGUAACAUUCCCCGGUCUGCGAUGAGGUGUACCCCGCCUUCCGCCCGAAUGCAGCUGAGAUAGGCUCCAGCAUCCCCCGCAACCCCAAAAAAGACAAGGGGUAGAAAAUGGAUGGCUGAAACAUUCCCUGGUGCUGAUGUGUGUGUUUCUUCGAUCAAUACAAGACUGACUACAGUUACUGCAACAUUUUCAAAUUAUUUUCAUAUUCCAAGGUGGAAUACCAAUGUUCUAUUCCAGGGUCAAGCUGUUAGAGGUCACAUUUCAACAUUCAUUCAAGUGUAAAAAGAGGUUAACCAAUAUUGAUAAUAAAAUUAGUCAAUGUGUACUCGUCCUUUUGUGACACACAAGAAAUGUUGAGAGUGUUAUGUUUUGCACAAGCGGCACUUUUGGCGGUUGCGAGUCAAUCGUAGACAAAGGGAUCUUAUUUUUUUUAGUUGGUGCACCUCUGGGAAGGAGCAACAACUACAUGAGAGAGACUACAUACAUGGCUAGAGAUGACACAACACGUCAUUGCACGGACAUUACAAGUAACUUAGGAGUGUCAUUUCCAGCUGAUUAUUUUCUAGGAAUAUUAAAUGGAGGACCAUUGUUGUUGACUGUGCGCCGUGAAAAGAUCACAUUGACUGCUGUAGAGAAAACUUGAUGGCAAGGCUUUAGUAAUUAAGUCAUCUAUCCAUUUUUCAUGGGUUAAUCGAGUAAUCAGGGAAAACACACUUUUUAGCAGGUGAAAUAAACAAAGCUUGUUCUACUU